AUGCUCUUCUGGAAGGAAGCCAGCCACCACAUCCGGCUCGCUGGAUCAAGGGUAAAUUCCGCCAACGGGCCUGCGCUGCGCCGUUUCCAACGGAAUUUCAACGCCCACUCGUUGCAAAAUCAGAGGCCGCAUAGACAGCAGCUAUCGGCAAACACGCAUCUUCAGAGCUUUGGGCGAUCUCGACGACGGUUCUCUGCUACACCUGGCGCUGCUCAUGGCCAUAUCACGCCGCCGAAACCGGGCGAGGAGAUCAAGGUGACAUUUGUCGAUAAAGAUGGCGAGAAAUACGACUUCCAAGUAUCCGAAGGCGACAACCUGCUGGACAUUGCACAGGCCAAUGACGUGGAAAUGGAAGGUGCCUGCGGAGGCUCUUGUGCCUGCUCGACCUGCCACGUUAUCGUUGAAGACCCUGACCUAUAUGACAAAAUGCCCGAGCCCGAUGACGACGAAAACGAUAUGCUGGAUCUCGCGUUUGGCCUCACCGAGACGUCUCGGCUGGGAUGCCAAGUGAAAAUGACCAAAGAAUUGGAUGGCCUGGUUGUCAAGUUGCCAUCUAUGACAAGGAACUUGCAAGCGAGCGAUUUCGCCGACAAGAAAUAA